UCACUCACAAUUAAUCAUUUUCUCUCUCACGCAGCUGGAGUACACCAUUCUCUUAUGGAAAAUCUUUCAAAGGUUUCUCACGCAUAAUGUUCAUAAUAUGUUUUCUCACGCAUAAUGGUCAAAGGUAAGUAAUAUUCAGCAAUAUCCGAUGGCCAUUCAAAUUCCUGGAUACUCAAUAUAGUUUUGAUGCUAUAUUAGUUUAGUGGUGACGUUUUCAGUGUAUUUCAUUCGGAUCGGAUCGGAUCCGAAAAACUAUGGCUGAGCGAACUGAGAGCGCGGAGGCGAAAUCGGAGUCUUUGAUCGAGAAGAUUACAGAGAAGAUCCAUGGUCAUGGCGACUCUUCAUCCUCCUCAUCCGACUCUGCAUCGGAGCAAGUGAAACCGGAAUCUUCGUCUUCUGUUAAGACCAAGAUUUUCAGGCUUUUUGGGCGAGAAAGACCAGUUCACCAGGUUUUCGGUGGAGGAAAACGUUGCAUGCUCAGGCUCUCACCUUAACUGCGUUAGGCCGGUGCGGCGGUGGUGGAAUACUAUGACCACAGAACAGGCAAAAAGGCUGAUCAGUAUGCUAAGUUCCUCCCAAACUCCUACCCUCACAAGGAUUGACUGUGAUAUUCCAUGAACAAUUGCCAUAUGGGAGUAUAGAAAAAAAGGAAAGAAGUUAUAAUAAUAAUAUUAAAUAAAUAAAUGAAAAAAAAAAGCAAUUUUUUUCUGGAAGUACCUUCACAUUUCACUAUGGUUAUUAUCAUAAAAAAAAAAUAGUAACACAGAUGGAGGUAAAAAUGAGGGAUUAUAAGCUUACAUUGGACAAGAUCGUUUAAGAUAUGGGUUUUUGAGAGUUGAAUCGGCUUGUACUUCUUCUCAGCUCGUCGGAACCUUAUCGUAUUCGUACAUUUCGAACGACGAAAUUGGAAAGGGAUUUGCUGGGUUUUAAGUUAUUAUAAUAAUGGGUUGAACAAUAUUCCAUGAAAUUAUAUAUAAUUACUAUAAAUCUUCCUAU